AAAAUACCAUUCACAUUAUUUCUCAGAUAUAUGUUCCGCUCUUACUAAGAUUUCGCAUCUUUUUUUCCAAUAUUACGUCAAUCUGAAGGCAUGCAUUGCUUCUUCUUCUUCUUUCACCCAAUGGAUUUUCGUCUCAAAAGGGACACAGUACCACGCUUUAACAGGCUUAGAGGGCAACAAUUGUGGGGAUCAAAUUGCGCCCUAGUUUCCAGUAAAACUUGCUUCUUACACACUUGUUGACACACAUUAACCGUUCACGACCAUUAACACGUGGACCAGUACAUCAGGAAAGUUCGAGAAAGUUGUCAUCGUUAAGCACAGGUUACCUAGCAACCGGCCGAUAGUGCUGCCGACUAUCACUGUCCCCGUUCACUAAACCAAUAGAACUUCCGUCCCCACUAAAGCAAUAGGAGUGCGUAUACCCUGCCAUUGGUCUCGCGCUCCGCUACACGCCUUACCGGCGUGCUCCGUAAUAUCUUUACUCCGUUCUAAUAAACGUUGUUACCGUUGACUCCAGCGUCCUGUUAUUUACCCCGGUAACACACGGAAGUCGUAGGGACUUCCGUGCGACGAUCCCUCACACGAUCCUAAUUUAAUUACGCCACGUGCGUGAUAACGUUCAUACUUAUCUCUACAACCAGAAACCGUGUAGCGACACACAAUGGAAUAUGGAAUAAGCAAGAGGAACAGAAUUUCCGACGCGUUGGAUUUCUGUUCCCUAUUCCCUGUACUUGACCAAUCACAGUUGAGACUCUGAGCAGGCACGUAGUUUCAAAAACUUUGCAGGUUAUAUUUUUCGUAAAUACUUCUUAAGUGCAAACGCUAUGUCAGUGUAUAAUCACGAAUAUUGCAAACUGAACAAAGAAUUCAACACGUUGAUAGAGGCUGACGAGAUGGAAGAAGACGAAAUAGAUAAUAUUAAUAGGGAAUGUUGUACGCAAAGUGAAAAAGUGGGCGACGAAUUGUUAAUAGAUCUUGUGAGAUCUUACCCAUUUAUAUAUAACAAAAGUUUACAAGAAUAUCGUGAUCCGAGAAUGAAGGAAAAUGCAUGGACAGAAAUCUCUUCUGUUAUGAAUAUGUCAGCAUCAGAGUGUCAAAUACGUCUUCGCCAACGUGUUGGGUUCGUCUUCGCCAACGUUUUAGUAAAAAAAGACAGCAGCGAGAACUGGAAACAAGAAGCGGAGCAGGCAAACCCACGAGGCAAAAAUGGUUUCUAUUUGAUAAUCUAAAUUUUUUGAGCCUAUUUGUCUUUCAGAGAAAAAGUCUUAGUAAUAUCAGUACAAAAGCUAAUAUAAAUCAAAAUGUGCAAAAUAAAAAUUACCAAGAUGACAUCAACGUUAUGCCAGCGGCAUCGAUGGUAUUGCAAGCACCAGUAUGUUCGUCAUUACAACAAUCCACUCCUUCGCUAUUACAGCAAUCAACUACUUCGCAGUUACAACAAUUACCUUUGCCGAUGCAAAGAUCAACUCCUUCUCCGUUACAACAACCACUUUCGCCGAUGCCAAGAUCAACUCCUUCGCCGUUACAACAACCACUUUCGCCAAUGCCAAGAUCAACUCCUUCGCCGUUACAACAACCACUUUCUCCGAUGCCAAGAUCAACUCCUUCGCCGUUACAACAACCACUUUCGCCGAUGCUAAGAUCAACUCCUUCGCCGUUACAACAACCACUUUCGCCGAUGCCAAGAUCAACUUCGCCGUUACAACAACCACUUUCGCCGAUGCAAAGAUCAACUCCUUCGCCAUUACAACAAUCAACUUCUUCGCUGAAACGGCCAUUAUCUGCUUCUUUGCGCAAAACAUUUGUAUCAGGAAAGAAAAUGUUUCACCGAUUACAGAAAGUUCAUUAAAUACAUCUUUUUGUUUCGCAGGAGGAAAUAAAACAAGCAAAAAGGCAAAAAUCGAUCCUGUAGAGGUAGCUUUUCUUCAGAUGAACAAUACAUUAAAUACUAUGACAUCUAAUAUAUGUCAAAAUAAAAAGGAUAAUAAGGCCGAAGAUAUAGACAUACUAAUUGGCAAACUUGUUACAGCGGAACUGAAGAAGACAAUAGAACCAAAGAAAACUAUAUUGAAAAAAAAGUUUAUGCACAUUUUGUACUCGUUCAAUGAUGAUGACGAUAAAUAACUUAUAUAACAUACUUUUUUUAUUAUACAAGAUAUAUAAAUUUUAUAAACAUAUUAUGUUUUCAAUACAAACAAUAUAGUCUACAAAAUAAAGUUUAUUGUCAAUGCAAUUAUCAUUAUUGUCAGUUCAUAAUACAUUAAUGUAACUUGUUAUAUUAAGUAUUAGGAAUUUCUAUAGCGCAUUAUUAUGUUGUCCACGUCGUAUGUAUUCGUAUUGCCACGGAACCUCGCCUGCCGGUGUUAAAAAAUAGGCUGCAAGAGAGUUUCGCAUUUCAUAUGCAUCUGUACCCAGUGAGAAAUAGUACAUCGAAUCGACAUCGAUUCGACGUCGAAAUCAUCGAAUCGACAUCGAUUCGACGUCGAAAUCAUCAUUUCGAUGUCGAUUCGACGUCAAAUUGAUGUCGAAUUCAUUAUCGUUUCUCACUGGGUAGCAGCUCGAUGAGGACCACUUGACAUGGGUUGUAAAUUGUUAUUAUUUACUUGAUCUCUCCAAUCUCCAAAAAUAAUAUUUCCUUCUCGAUCCACAUAUUGACUAGGGCAAUAUCGUUGAUUUUGUGGUAAUUGUUCAUCAUUUUUACUUUUCAAGAAAUUAUGUAAACACAUUGCGGCUACAACUAAUUUUUCAGCGACAUCUGGAUUUGCACAUAUCGGUUUUCGGAAUAUUCUUCAUCUAGACACGAGGAUACCGAAUGUGUUUUCAAUCGUUCUUCUAGCACGCGAUAGACGAUAAUUGAAAUUUUUCUUCUCUUCAUUCAGAUUCCGUCCUGGAUAAGGUUGCAUCAUGUUUGUUGACAUUUGAAAAGCUUCAUCGCCAACAAAAUAAAAAGAUGUU